GGCGGGGCCAAAGAGGCAGAGCGGUCACGUGAGCGGCGCGAGGCCGGCGGCGGCUUCCGGUGGGAGCCGAGAGCGAACUGGGACCGAACUGGGACCGAACUGGGACCGAACUGGGGUAACUGGGACCGGACUGGGACCGAACUGGGACCGAACUGGGUGUCCCCGUGCUGUCCCUUGUCCCGGUGUGACCCCUCGGCGCUGUCCCAGUGUCCCCAGUGUCCCCAGUGUCCCCGUGUCCCCAGUGUCCCCAGUGUCCCGGCCAUGCCGCUGCCCGUGGCUCUCCAGUCCCGCCUGGCCAAGCGGGGGCUGCUCAAGCACGUGGAGCCCGAGCCCGAGGAGGAGAUCAUCGCUGAGGAUUACGACGACGCCCACGUGGAUUACGAGGCCUCGCGGCUCGAGGGGCUGAUGCCGCCCUGGUACAAAGUCAUCGACCCCACCUGCGGGCUGCCCUACUACUGGAACGUGGACACGGACCUGGUGUCGUGGCUGUCCCCGAGCGACCCCAACUCCGUCAUCACCAAACCCGCCCGCAGGGCCAGGGGGGGACCAGAGGCCGAGGAGCCCCCCGAGAAGGAGGAGGCGCCGCGGGAGCGCCGGGGGCACCGGCGGGAGGAGCUGGCCCCCUACCCCAAGGGCAAGAAAGGCGGCCGCAAGGACGAGGAGCUGGACCCGAUGGACCCCAGCUCUUACUCGGACGCUCCCCGGGGUACCUGGUCCACGGGGCUGCCCAAGCGCAACGAGGCCAAGACGGGCGCGGACACGACGGCGGCCGGGCCCCUGUUCCAGCAGCGGCCGUACCCCAGCCCGGGCGCCGUGCUGCGCGCCAACGCCGAGGCCUCGCGCGGGAAGGACUGAGCCGGCACCCCCAAACUGGGACACCCCCAAACUGGGACACCCCCAAACUGGGACACCCCGGAACUGGGGCACACCCCGGAACUGGGGCACCCCCAAAUUGGGGACACCCCCGAAACCCCCACCAGACCCUCCAGGAACCCCCAAAGUUCUGGGCACCCCAACACUGCGGCACCCCGAAAUUGGGGACAUCCCGAAAUUGGGGGGACAAUAAACUGGGGCACCCCGAAAUUGGGGAUGCCCCAAAACCCCCA